GUGAUACCUUGGUACAUUUGGGUGACAGACAAUCGUAAAGAAACACCCGGAUUUGACUCACUUACACCACGCAUUAACCCCCUUCAAGAAAAUACAUAACUCAUUGCAUGCCUCAUUCUACAAGUCCCCAGUCCCAAGAGUCUUGUGAAGCUUCCAAGACCAAAGCCGAAAUGGCGGAUGCCGCAACCCAGAACGGCCACAGCCAAGAAGCUGCGGAUAAUGACGUUGAUAUGGCCGGAACCAACGGCGAAGAAAAGAAAGAUGUGAAAUUGGACGAUCUAUUUGCCGAUAUCGAGGACGAUGAAGAAUGGCCUACAGAGACACAGAACAACUCGAAGCCCGAGAGCCCCUUGUCGCCAAUAGGGAAUACAAACGGGAUAAGCUCUUCCGACCCUGGGCUCAUGCGCAUGUUCUACCAACGACUCUUCCCUUUCCGCUACCUAUUCCAAUGGCUGAACCACAGUCCAACGCCGACGAACGACUUUGGCCACCGUGAAUUCGCCCUUACGAUACACGAUAACACCGACAACGAAAUAUACCUCCGAUACCAAUCCUAUCCAACUGCAGACCUUAUUCGCAAAGACAUAAUAGCAAAACUACCCUCCCGUUUCGAGAUCGGGCCCGUAUACACAACCAACCCACGCGACCGCAAGACGUUACGGAAUCAAACCUCCUUCAAACCCCUCGCGAAGGAACUAUGUUUCGAUAUCGACUUGACAGACUACGACGGCAUCCGUACGUGCUGCGACAAGGCCAACAUCUGCAUAAAAUGCUGGCAGUUCAUAACAAUGGCGAUUAAAGUCGUCGACACAGCGUUGCGGGAUGACUUCGGCUUCAAGCACAUCAUGUGGGUGUACUCCGGUCGUCGUGGCGCGCACGCCUGGGUCUGCGACAAGAAGGCGCGCGUCAUGGACGACCAGAAGCGGAGGGCCAUCGCGGGGUAUCUAGAGGUGAUCCGGGGCGGUUCGCAGAGCGGGAAGAAAGUCAAUCUAUGGCGGCCCUUACAUCCACAUCUAAGCCGAAGUCUCGACAUCCUAGCCCCGCACUUCCAAAGCGACGUCCUCGAAACCCAAGACCCGUGGGCCUCGAGCGACCGCGCCGAGCACCUCCUCUCGCUGCUCCCAGACAAAGCGCUUAACGAAAGCCUGCGUAAGAAAUGGGACUCGUCGCCCGGACGCGCCAGCACAUCGAAAUGGGCCGACAUCGACGCGCUGGCCAAGAGCGGCGCGAGCAAAAGCCUCGACGCCCGCGCGCUCCUAGAAGCGAAGCAAGACAUCGUCCUCGAAUACACAUACCCGCGCCUGGACAUCGAAGUCUCGAAGAAGCUGAACCACUUGCUGAAGUCGCCCUUCGUCGUGCACCCGGGCACAGGCCGCGUCUGCGUGCCCAUCGACACGGAGAAGCUAGAGGACUUCGAUCCCACGACUGUCCCGACGGUGCAGGGCCUCCUGCGCGAGAUCGACAGCUGGAAAAGCGAGGACGAGCCCGCUAGCAGUGCGGACGGGAAGACCCCUGCCGACUGGGAGAAGACGAGUCUGAAGCCGUAUGUGGAGUAUUUCCGCUCCUUCGUGCUUGGUCUCAUGCGCGAUGAGCGCGAUCCAAAGAUCAAGAGGGAGAGGGAAGAAGGCGUGGACUUUUAGACCGAUAUUACCCCUGUGAGGCGUGUAUACGCAUAUUAGGCUUAUGUCGUCGCGCUAUUUCGUAUCAUGACAUCAGUGUCGAUUCACCGAUGACGAGGAGCGAGGUAUUUCCACAAGAGGCUGCACUAGCUUCUACGCUUUGCGAAAUUAAUGAGAUCCUGGAGUUCGGGAUGGGAAAUGAGGCUAUGUCGGUUCAAAUGCAGACACGUCUCUACCUAUGAAACCAAGUAGGCAAAAAGCACCUACGUAGGCAGUGCUGGCGCAGAACCUGUUGUUUGACGGUUGUAUGUAUAUCAUAUAUCACUAGUUAAAGCGAGACGGCACUGGGAUCCAUGAUAUUGGGAAUAUGAAUUCACCAAAGCUUCCAAAGCAGACA